AUGAAGAUCGAAGAGGUGAAGAGCACCACGAAAACUCAGCGGAUCGCCUCGCACAGUCACGUUAAAGGACUAGGCUUGGACGAGGCCGGGAACGCCAAACAAGCAGCAUGCGGGUUAGUCGGCCAAGAAGCCGCCAGAGAGGCAUGUGGCAUCAUUGUAGAGCUCAUCCGUUCCAAGAAGAUGGCAGGAAGGGCAGUUUUGCUCGCCGGGCCACCUGGUACUGGAAAGACGGCCCUAGCUUUAGCCAUAGCACAGGAGCUGGGCAACAAGGUGCCUUUCUGCCCAAUGGUGGGCAGUGAGGUCUACUCGUCAGAGAUUAAAAAGACAGAAGUCCUGAUGGAGAACUUCAGGAGGGCAAUUGGGCUGCGCAUCAAAGAGACAAAAGAGGUCUACGAGGGCGAGGUGACCGAGCUGACGCCCUGCGAGACAGAAAACCCGAUGGGGGGGUACGGAAAGACCAUCAGCCACGUCAUCAUUGGUCUGAGGACGGGCAAGGGUACUAAACAACUCAAGUUGGACCCCAGCAUUUACGAGAGUCUGCAGAAGGAGCGCGUGGAGGUGGGAGACGUCAUCUACAUUGAAGCCAACAGUGGUGCUGUCAAGAGACAAGGUCGCUGUGACACCUUUGCCACAGAGUUUGACCUGGAGGCUGAGGAGUAUGUGCCGCUGCCGAAGGGAGAUGUGCACAAAAAGAAGGAGAUCGUCCAAGAUGUCACGCUGCAUGACCUCGACGUGGCAAAUGCCAGACCGCAGGGAGGCCAGGACAUUCUUUCAAUGAUGGGACAGCUGAUGAAGCCCAAAAAGACAGAAAUCACAGAUAAACUCAGAGUGGAGAUCAACAAGGUGGUGAACCGCUACAUUGACCAGGGCGUGGCCGAGCUGGUGCCUGGCGUACUGUUUGUGGAUGAGGUCCACAUGCUUGACAUCGAGUGCUUCACAUACCUCCACCGUGCGCUAGAGAGCACCAUCGCCCCCAUUGUUGUGUUCGCCUCCAACAGGGGAAACUGUCUCAUCAGGGGAACUGAAGACAUCAGCUCACCGCAUGGGAUUCCGCUGGACCUACUGGACAGAGUCAUGAUAAUUCGCACCAUGUUGUACACGCCACAGGAAAUGAAACAGAUCAUCAAGAUCCGCGCUCAGACCGAGGGGCUAGCUAUCAGUGAGGAAGCACUUACACACCUAGCAGAAAUUGGUUCCAAGACCACCCUCAGGUAUGCUGUUCAGCUGCUGACGCCAGCCAGCCUGCUUGGUCGCGUUCAAGGCAAAGAAACAGUUGAGAGGGAGCAGGUAGAGGAGAUCAACGAGCUCUUUUAUGAUGCCAAGUCCUCUGCCAAAAUCCUUCAAGAUCAGCAUCACAAAUACAUGAAAUGA